AUGGCCACUCAGCAAGUGUUCCAUGAAGUGGGCAUUGGCAGUGUACUUUCCCUCCAGAAGUUCUGGCAACACCGCAUCAAGGACUAUCACAGUUACAUGCUGCAGAUAAGUAAGCAGCUUUCAGAAGAGUACGAGCGGAUUGUCAAUCCUGAGAAGGCCACAGAGGACACCAAACCUGUCAAGAUCAAGGAGGAGCCUGUGAGCGACAUCACCUUCCCUGUCAGUGAAGAGCUGGAGGCAGACCUGACUUCUGGAGACCAGGCCCUUCCGAUGGGGGUCCUCGGGGCUCAGAACGAGCGUUUACCAUCUAACUUGGAGGUUGAAGCUUCACCACAGGCAUCAAGUACAGAGGUCAAUGCUUCUCCUCUUUGGAACUUGGCCCAUGUGAAAAUGGAGCCUCAGGAAAGUGAAGAAGGCAAUGUCUCUGGACAUGGUGUCCUGGGCAGCGAUGUUUUCGAAGAGCCGAUGUCGGGCAUGAGUGAAGCCGGGAUCCCGCAGAGCCCUGAUGACUCAGACAGCAGAUAUGGAUCCCAUUCUACUGAUAGCCUCAUAGGGUCCUCCCCAGUCUUCAACCAGCGCUGUAAGAAGAGGAUGAGGAAGAUAUAA